AUGUCGCGAUGGACGAGCGAUCUGCACUGCCAGUUUGUCAAUACAGUUGAAGAACUUGGUGGAGAAAGGGAUGCAACUCCAAGGAGUAUUUUAGAGCACAUGAAUGAGAGUAGACUCGCAAUGUCAGAAGAGAGACACGCCCGUUUGAGGGAAAUCAUUCAGAGGCAAACUCAGUUGCACUUUCGUCAAUAUGAACGUCAUCAAAAAAUUGUUGAUAAUAAUAUCCAAAACCCACAAAGGCAAGAAGAGAAGAUGGAUAAAAGCACAAUCGAAGUGGGAGAAUUGAGUAGCGGUACUCAAGAAAUUUCUUGCAAGGGUCACGGAGGCAAAUCCGCGAGAGGUGUUAGUGGUCACGGAGGCAGAUCCUCUGGAGGUGUUAGGGUUUACAAUGGUGCGAGGGAACCCUCAACCACCGCAGUUAAUCAGGCCUCCAAUGGUGCGAGGGAACCCAGUUCUGCCGCAGUUAAUCAUGCCUCCAAUGGUGCGACUUCACGCGGAGGUUGA